AUGCUCGCCGAAUUUGCCGUGUUUGCAAUUCUUGGAGUCAGCCACUCUUUGCUCAUGUUCGACAGAGUCGAUUCGGAGAAUGCGUGUCUUCUAGCGAUGUGUGACGCGGAUUCUGGAUGCGUGCCAAAAGGAUGCUCGAUCGAUCAAAAUAAUCGCAUUGGAUGUGGAUAUUUUCGACUCAAUAUUUACCAGUUCCGGCAACAACAUCAGCCUUGCGAGGUGAGGGGGAAGGAGAGAGGAGGAGGUAGCUUUGAGCAUGGAUCCGAAGAACACGCCCACGCCGUGACUGACCAUAACUACAAUACGAAUUCAAUGAACACAGCUUUCUACUGGAAGCGAGUUGGAGAUAUUUGCGGCGGACGGUGCAACAAACCCAUUUUCGUUCGACACUAA